GCAGCCAUACCACUAAUUUUUUAAUUGUUUUAUUUUGUUUUUUGGAGAUUGGCUUGAGAUUGCGUCGCGAAAUGGAUGUGGACAAGAUUUGCUUGACUUGCCUGAGCUCGACGGAACCCUUUCUGUCCAUUUACGACGGCGGAUCGGGCAGCUGCCUGGCUGACAUGAUCCGGGAUUUCACGAAAACCAAGCCUCGCCGCAACGACAAUCUCCCGCAGAAAGUGUGCCUGGGUUGCCUGAGUGAGAUCUCCAGGUGCUACACCUUCAAGAUCAAGUGCGAGAACUCCAGUCGCACCCUGCGCCAAUUGCUGCCGAAUGCCCUGCCCGAGGAGCCGGAGCCGGAAAACAAGGUGUCCAUCGCUAGUCCGGUGUCCACGGCGGAUCAGGCUGUGCAGACGACCGGCUGGGAGCCCAGCAGAUGCACUGCCUCCGUGCAAACGGAGGCGGUGGCCACCACGGAUGCCGAACAGAACACCAGCCUGGUCAAGUCGACGAUUUCGGUGGAUCUGGACUACGACGGCGAGGGCGAGGUCUUUGACUACGAGCUGCCCGAUGAGCCCGUCGAGAAGACCACCAGCCUCAUCCUGCAGGUUCACCCAGGCAGCUUGAAGGACGAAAAGCAGGUGGUGUUCACCCAAACCAAUGUGAUUUACGAGGCGGGCGAUGAUGACAACGAGCUGGAGCAGCAGAUCCGGGAAUGUAACCUGGCCAUUUUCGAGGGCGUCGACAACGAAGCGGAGGUCAUCACAGUGGCCGCUCCGCAGGUGACCACCAGAAAGAGCGCCGCCAAGCUCUUAACGCAGCAGCAGGGCGAAAAGGAAGAGAAUCCUGCGAGUCCCAAAGAGGAAGUGUCGCCGCCGACUAAAAGAGCUUCUCGCCGGCGGGCAGUGGUCAAGCAGGACGUGCCGGCCACGCCGGAAUCACCUUCUCCCUCCAAGCAGCUUCGCUUGGGAACACAGCGCAAAUCCCUGAAUGCAGUCGGAGGAGCAGCAGCAGCAUCUGCACCUCUAACACCUGAACUAAAGUAUCACUGCGAUCGCUGCAAUGCGGGCUUUGCGCUGGAGAAAUCCCUGAUGAUCCACAGACGCCAAAAGGGCUGCAUCAACCGGAAUUUCAAGUGCAACGAGUGCGAAAAGGUCUUCGUGUCGCCGGAUCACUUGGCCGAGCACCAGGCCAGUCAUGGUGCUCACAAUUGCCAGGAGUGCGGAAUGCAGUGCGAUUCCAAGGAGCAACUGAGCAAGCACCUGGUGCAGGGCCACAAGAGGAAUCUGCGCAAUCAGUGCAACGUCUGCCAGAAGGUAUUCACCAUGCUGUCCACGCUGCGCGACCACAUGCGCAUCCACACCGGCGAGAAGCCCUUUUUGUGCAACAUCUGCGGCAAGAGCUUCACCCAGAACGCCAAUCUGCGCCAGCACAAGCUGCGUCACUCGGAGACGAAGAGCUUCAAGUGCGAGCUGUGCCCGCACUCGUUCGUCACCAAGGCGGAGCUCGCCUCGCACGCCCGCACCCACACCGGCGACAAGCCCUUCGAGUGCGAUGUGUGCCUGGCCAGGUUCACCACCAGCUGCUCGCUGGCCAAGCACAAACGGAAGCACACUGGCGAGCGGCCCUACGCCUGCGAUCUGUGCCCCAUGAGAUUCACCGCUUUGAAUGUGCUGAAGAACCACCGAAGGACGCACACUGGCGAGCGGCCGUAUGUCUGUCCCUUCUGCUCGAAGACGUUCACGCAACGCGGCGACUGCCAGAUGCACCAGCGCACCCAUCAAGGCGAUCGCAUUUACAUUUGCCCGGUGUGCAGCGAGGAGUUCAAGUCGAUGCCCGACAUGCGAUCGCAUUUGGCCGGUCACGAGCAGCACGACAAACGGCUGGUACACUUUAGCUUUCUGAGCAACAAGGAGAACGGAAGCGGAGCCCUCGAGGAGGAUCUAAAUGAGAUAACUGAGACUGCGCUAAUGUUGUAAGCGGAUGAGGGAACUGUGCAACCAGUGGGAGCCAUGUUUAUCUCUUAGAUAACCAAGUAAUUGAUUAUAUUCUAAGGUCACUCCUGUUCAACCAAAACAGCAAGCACAACUUGUCUGCUUUACAUUUCCGUCUACUCUUCUUCCCCUGGGGAGCACAGUUUAUGACAAAACUCACAACUUUAGUACAUCUUUAGUCUUAACUUAGUCGCUAGGUCGUAGAUAAAAAUAAAAGCUUAAAUGGUACAUUGCA